CCGAAGAUGCUCUGCCCGCUGCUCGCGCUGGCAGCGCUGGCCUCCGGCCUGGCAGGUGCCAUGGAGAUCCGGGUGCCGGAGGAGCCCGUGGUGGCUCUGUUUGGCCGGGAUGCCACCCUGCACUGCGCCUUCUCCCCCAAGGCCAACUUCAGCCUGGACGACCUGACGCUCAUCUGGCAGCUGACGGACACCAAGCGCGUGGUGCACAGCUUCUCCGGCGGCAAGGACCAGCUGGCCGACCAGGGUGCCGGCUUCGCCAACCGCACGGCCCUCUUCUACGAGCAGCUGGCCCGCGGCAACGUCUCGCUGGUGCUGCGGCGCGUGGAGAUCUCCGACGAGGGCAGCUUCACCUGCUUCGUGCGCGUCCGCGGCUACGACAGCGCCGCCGUGCUGCUGCAAGUGGCCGCUCCUUACUCCAAGCCCAACUUGAACAUGGAGCCCAACAAGAACUUGAAGCCGGGGGACCUGGUGGCUGUGACUUGCCACGCGUCCCGCGGCUACCCCGAGGCCACUGUGCUCUGGCAAGACAGCCACGGCGGCAACAUCACGGAAAACGUCACCACGUCUCAGGUGGCCAACGAGGAGGGUCUCUUCGAUGUGCAGAGUGUCCUGCAGGUGUCAGUGGAGCCCAGCAGCACCUACUCCUGCCUGGUGCGGAACCCGGUGCUGCAGCAGGAGAGCCAGGCCUCCGUCACCAUCACGGGCCAGCACCUCGCCUUCCCCGCCGUGGCGCUCUGGGUGACCGUGGGACUCGCCAUCUGCGUCCUGGGGCUGCUCGUAGCCCUGGCCUACGUGUGCCAGAAGAAAAUCCGGCAGAGCUGCGAGGAGGAGGAGGCCAACGCAGGGACGGAGGAGCCGGACGAGGARGGGGACGAGCCCAAGACAGCCUUGCAGCCGCUGAGGAGCGCGGGGAGUAAAGAAGAUAACGAACAGGAAAUCGAUUGAUGGGAGCCGGGGGAGAGCUCGGAGCGGCCCCCCAGAGCAGAUGAACUGUCCCCCGUCCCCAAGGCCCACGGGGACGAGCUGCGGGUGACCGAGGACAUGCACGAACGCCCCGACWCAGACUGGCCGCUGCCGCCAGGAUGGCCCCAUCCUCCUCCUCCUCCUCCUCCUUCCUAGUGGCCCUUCCUCCUUCCUUCCUGGUCGUCCUGGCGCUGGGAGCCCUUUGGCCUCCGUCCCCCUGCCACGGCUUCAGGUGCCUUCGGGGGCGGAUUUCGAUGCCCCUUCCAAUUCCCGAGGCCCCGAUGGCCGGGUGAGGGGCUCGGCGAGGGCCCUGGGAGCGGGA